AACAAUUAAUCGAUUGGGAUGUGUGGAUUUUUACGAUAGUGUUGCGUGUUAAUACAGGAUAUAUUUUGAUUACGCCAAGUAUGUAACUGUAACAUUUUAAAUUAAAUUGAUUUACUGUAUAAUAUAGGGACUUGUCAGGAGAAGUCAGCAAAUGAAGCGGUAUCAUAGGCGAUCAUAAGUGCUGUAGGAAGAGCCGAAGAAUAUGUCAAUCAUUUAGUUCCUGAUGUUUUCACUACUUUACCGUAUAUAACCAAUACGAAAAAUGAUCGCCCGACCAAAGGCUGGAGAAACGGAGGAAGAUAUUUUGAAACUUCAAGAGGAGUUCUUGAGGAAUAAACAGGCUACACCGUCUGCUCCUGUCAUUAAUAAACGAAAAUCUGGAGAAGAAAAUAUAUUCUUGGCGAGGUCAAGGAGAAGAAUAUGACACAUAUAUUUGUGCCACCUCCUAGGGCACUAACAUGUGAAGGAUUCCCUGAACCAUUUGUGAGAGAUGAAAUGCUAGUUUUUAAAGGAAAGAGUAUCUUUGCUCAGCAAGUUGAAAAAGUGAGAGGAAGUGGGACACCAAAGGAAAUGUUGAUGGAUACCCAUGAAGCAAAUCAGCCAGCUGACAUUGAGAUUGCAGACAGUCAGUUUGGACAAAGAAGCUUUCUAUUAACUGGACCCGAUGCCCCAGCUAUUCACCAAGAGAACAUUAAAAAAAUGUCUGAAAUGUCUACAGAAGAGAUACUCCAAGAACAACAAAAACUUACAUCUCAACUGGAUCCAAAAUUGCUUCAGUUUAUCCGAUCAAGAAGAAAGGGAAAAGAAUUUUGUGGGAUAGUGGAUCAGACUGUCGAACAGCCUACAGAUAUUCCUGAAUUAACCUCUGAGGAUUCAAGUUCUAUGAAGAUGGAUACUGAUUUACUGUCAGAAGUGUCAAGGGAUGUUGGGAUGUCACCUUCACAAUAUAAUGUAGACAUAUCAAAUAUAAGUCACUCAGAGGACAAAAUUCAGAUUUCUGGUGCUGCUGUUAUGACAUCAGGACUUGAUAAGCAAGCACAAAGCAAUUGCUUGGAGAAUGACAGUACUUCAUGUCAGACUGAUACUGAAAUGGGCAGUAUAGCAGUUGACUUGCCCGUCAAGCCCAGUGAAGCCAACAAGUGGUUGCACAUGGAUGUUAUUGAGCGCGAGAAGUUGCAGUGGAUUGGCAACCUGCCUCCUGCUCCUUCAGCCCCACCAGACACGCCAUACUCUGCAAGGUUUGACUUCCAAGGUGUUCUGCUGCCAUAUGCUGAUGAAGUAAAUGUGACCCAAGCGUUGCAUCAUCAUGGUGAAGAACCUGAGCGUCCAGGCUACACAUUGCAGGAACUUCUCAAAAUAUCCCGCAGUUCUGUUCUGCAACAACGAGUUCUGGCACUUACUACCUUAGCUAACAUUCUGGACAAGACAAAGGCUGGCUACUAUGAUGAGUGUAUGGAAGCACCUGUGUUGAAUCAGCUGAUGGACUCAGACUUGUAUCUGUUGUUUCGGUUCUCAUUGGAUGACAGCUCUGAAGCUGUGGUUACUGCAACACUUCUUGCCCUGAGAAACUUGCUGUUUAAUCACCCAGAUGAGCUUUGCCUGGACCGGUUACUUGGGCUCUGGAAUGGACAGUACCAGCCAACCCUCAUGGUGAAGACUGAGGUGACUAAACCCAGUGAGAAGACAGAGCAGGGGGAUGAAGAAGCCGAGUUGAAGGAUCACCAAAUUCUGAGGUUGGACAUUGUGAAGGGUGCACUGAGGACAGAUUUGAUACUGAGACUGAGGUAUAUCCUGGAAACAUUGCAGCCAGGUCCAAAAGCUGUCAUCAGUGUGCUGGAGAUCCUUACAAGGAUUGUUCGCCACUCUUAUGAUUCCGCACUUGCAGUAACCUGUUGUCCUAGAUUGCUAUCUAUAAUCAUCAAUAAUUUUGUGCGAAGUGGUUGGAGAGGCAUAGCUGCGUCCUGUAAGUCCUCAGAGACGUCUUCAGUGUAUGGAGUCCCACAGGUGGAAGCCCUCAAACUGCUGCGAGUGAUAGCCAGUUGCUCCCGUUCCAUGGCAUCAGACCUUGUCCACAAGUUUCGGGUGGUGGAGUCUAUAGCCAGUUACAUCAGUAUUGUUCCAAGGGAGUGUGGUCUUCCUGAACAAGAGGCUGUACGACUGUGCCUGGAGAGCAUCUACUUAUGGAGCACCCUACUGGCUUAUAGCUUGUCUGAUGGACACUUUGUUGAUUUAUAUCCUGUGCUCAUGAGUGUGCUUCACUUUCAUCACUCUGCUACAUCAACUUCAGAGUUAGGUUCCCAAUUUGGCCAUGAGCAUGGGGCAGCAGUGAUGUCUUUAUUGAAAGAAGCUAUGCUAGUUGCAGAUGCCCAGGGGAAGAGGUCAGCAAGGCAGAAAGUAGCAAAGAGUACUCAGCGAAUUGAAGUGACUAUUUCUUAUGAACAUCUGUCUGGCUUCAGUCAAAUUCUACAUUUAUGCCUAAAAAAGUGGAUAAAUCAAUUGACAAGGGCUGAAGAGGUCACGUUUUCUGCGUUGAAGUUGGUUGCAGCUACUCUGAAUUGUUCAGCAGUGCAAUACUCUAUAUUCCUUGGUCAGCCUGGGCUGGUUUCAGUUUCUCUGCUUGAGAUCGAAGAUCUGAUGAACUGUGCCAUUCUGCCAUUACUGAACAGCUCAAACUUCAAGCUCAUAUGCAGUAGAGUCAAGUCAAGCUCUUGUCUGCUGAGCAUGAAACGCUCUGGGAAGGAUCGUGAUCCUCAGUCACUUCCGUCCCUUGGUGCACUGGUAUGGGGAGGAAGGGAGGUCAUGCCAUCCAUAAGCCCCACGUCUCCACUGGCCUUACUUCAGGCUCUUGCACACUUUCUUACAUCUGUAUGCUCUGUGCACCAAGGAAUUCACUUACAGAGUAUACAGCAUUUCCUUGACAACCCACAUAUCCUGGAGUACAUUGCUCAGCUGGGAAGCCAGAAGCUUCAGGCAGGUGAUAGCUGGUUCACUCGUGUUGAGACUGCAAUGUUGGCAGACAUGUUGAAGCUCCUCAAGGUUGUCCUACCAGCUACAAAUUUCCAACAUAUUGGACUGUUUCACACUAUGGCACUUCAGCUUGUUUCUCUGAUACCUACAGAUGAGAAAUUCCUUGCCAAGGAAAUUUUCAACCAUGCAGUUUUUAACCCUGACUUCAUCAGUGACUUUUCUGAUGUGGCAUGCAGUUUGGAGGCUUUGAAGCUAGCUGACCUGUCAUCAAAGCAGGAACAGUCUUCAAUACACAAAUUACUGGAGAAAGCUACACUCAAGAUUCCCAACUUAUGGCAGUGCUACCAGCUGUCCCUUCACCUGGAUUCUGUCACUGAACGUUGUCCUGUUGACAUCUCAUCACAGACUGCUGGAAAGAAUGGGUGUGAACCAGCAUUCCCAAAUGACUGGGCUUACCUUCCUAUUCUGAUACUGUACAACCAGGCCCAUAGUGGGAAAGGGGACAGCAGUGAUAAUGCUGGGUCUGUUGUCAGUUCACUGCAAUGGCUGCUGAUAAUGGAGUGUUUGCGACCACAGAUGAUGGCAACCAUCAGUGUUACUGCCAGAUUCUGUCGCCUUUCGACUGUAUUUUUAGCAGGCAGUGACCUGUUUCUGGAACCAGAAGUCCACCACCACCUUUCUGCCCUGUUGCAUAUCCUCCUGAGGAGCAAUUCUUCAUUUGACUUCAAUGAGAAGAUCCCUGGUCUCACUUCAUUCUAUGAUUUGUACACACAACUGGUUGAACAGUUUGCUGCUGUGUCAUAUGGAGAUGAGCUGUUUGGUCACUUUUUGCUUAUCCCACUACAGCAGCGCCAUUCUCCAAGCUACAGAAAACUUGUGUGGAGUGAACACGCUGCAGUACUGAGAGUCCUACGUACCCGUCCGGAACAGCUUGCUGUCCCAAUCCAGGCAUAUUUGGAGCCCUGUGAAACAGAUCCAUCACUUCUCAUAUGUUACCUUCAUGGACUGGCAACAGGUCAGGUACGGGAUCUGUGGUGUCCAGUUCUGUACAAGGUGGCUGUUCACCAUGUUGCCACAUUUAUCACUGAGCAGCCAUGUACUUCAGUGGCCCAGCAACUUAAUGCAAGAAUUCAGCAGCUUGGCAACAAGCAAUUACAGAACAUUCUUCUCACAUACUCAAACCAGAAGAAACUUGAAGACAGAUAAAAUGAGUCUGGGACAUAUGUAAAUAUGAUUAUCUGGAACAAAAAUUGUCUCAAAUCAUUGCAACAUUCAGACUCAGGCUGAAGUGGGAUGGUCUGGAACCAAGGGUAGCAUGUGACCUGCCAUUAUACCCCAACAUUACGAGGAUUUUAAUCACUGAAGUUAUUGCGAUGCACAUCAGUGAUAGGGGAAUGAGGUUGCUGCUUCUCACAAGUGGAGUUUUAUUCCUGCUCUAUCCAGCAGCACCAAA